CGUCAGGUCAGUCAGUCAGAGGACCGGUUUUUUGUUUUGUUUUGUUUUGUUUUGUUUUGGGUUUCGCACACGAUUUCUCUGUAAUAUAAUCUAAGCUUCCCGAAGUGGCAUUGGUUGAUUGAUAAUUGGGCGGCCGCGGGACAUCUCUCGGGUAGAUGGAAAGAAACGGGGACGAUAGUAUUCGUGAUGCUGUUGGCGGGCAAGAACCGGUCUUACGCUCCAGUCUCUUCUUGGAUCACGUCGGGGAAGUGAUUCUUUGUCUAAACUCUGACGGGUUGUCUUGGAAACUGGUCCAAUCCUCGGACACUGACCGUAAUAUUUGUUUCCGCAUUAAACUUGGUCCACCUGAUGCAGCCGAUGUCAAGUUUAGCGAUAUCUAUGCCGUGGAGUUAAUUGACCAAGGUGUAGUUCAUAGGUCAAAUCCUUCAAGUCCAGCUAGAUGUCUCUUGGGUCCUGAAUGGCAGAUGCACCGUUUUAUUGUGCAUGCUGUUCAACGAUCAAAGUCUCAGCCUUCUCUGUGGACUGCAGCAAUGUAUAACUUUGGUCACAAAGAUCCCCAGACAUGUCAAAUGUGGGUUGAUCGUAUCAAUGCUUCUUUGAGCAGGGAAAUGGAGGAUAGACCCAAGAAUCUCCUGAUUUUUGUUCAUCCAAUGAGUGGGAAGGGAAAUGGCUGUCAAACUUGGGAAACAGUGGCUCCCAUAUUUUCAAGAGCUAAUGUGCAGACUAAGGUUAUUGUGACUGAAAGGGCAGGACAUGCUUUUGACGUGAUGAGAACCACAACCGACGAAGAGCUGAGACAGUAUGAUGGUGUUUUGGCUGUUGGUGGCGAUGGUUUCUUUAACGAAAUUCUGAAUGGAUUUCUUUCUACAAGGCUUAAAGCUGCUUAUCCACCUGCACCUGCAGAUUUUGUUCAGUCUGUUGGAGGAUAUAAUGAUUUUUCGGUUGAUGAACCUGUUGCUGAUACAUCUUCUCAUGAUGAAGAUGACUCUCCUUUAAUUCCUAAUAAUGCCCUCGGUAUCUCAACUCUCAGAGCUGAAGGUGAUUCUUCCUACACAGAUGGAGAUUUGAAGUUCCUGGUGCCAAAUGAACGAUUUAGACUUGGAAUCAUUCCUGCUGGUUCAACUGAUGCAAUUGUGAUUUGUACCACAGGAGCUCGAGAUCCCAUUACUUCGGCGCUACAUAUUGUACUGGGGAAACGGGUGGGCCUUGAUAUAGGUCAAAUUGUAAGAUGGAGAAUAACUUCUACAUCAAAGGUUGAACCUUGUGCACGCUAUGCAGCUUCUUUUGCUGGAUAUGGAUUUUAUGGUGAUGUCAUCACAGAGAGUGAGAAAUACCGUUGGAUGGGCCCCAAGCGUUAUGAUUAUUCUGGAACAAAAGUGUUCAUGAGGCACAGAUCAUAUGAAGCUGAAAUAGCUUGCCUUGAAAUCAAAGCACAAGAAGGAACAAUACCUUCAGAGGGUCAAAAGAAAUGUCGAAGAGUAAUUUGCCGUGUUGAUUGCAAAAUCUGCAAUGCGAAGACAGCAGGAGAUCCAAAUGUGAGGGGAAGGGAAGCCAAUUGGCUGAGGUCAAAAGGGCGGUACCUGAGUGUAGGGGCUGCUAUAAUGGCAAACCGAAAUGAAAGAGCGCCUGAUGGUUUAGUGGCUGAUGCACACCUUGGAGAUGGCUUUUUGCAUCUCAUAUUGAUCAAGGACUGCCCAAGAGCCCUCUAUUUGUUGCACCUCUUGCAGCUGGCAAAAAAAGAUGGGAAUCCCCUGAACUUUGAGUUCGUGGAGCACCAUAAGACUCGGGCUUUUACAUUUAAAUCUUCGGGGAAUAGCAGCAUUUGGAACUUGGAUGGUGAGCCCUUUCCUGCACACCAGCUCUCAGCACAAGUGUUUCGACGCCUUGUCAGCUUGUUUGCCUCUGGUCCUCUAGUUUAGCGGCACACCUUGCAGUUAUGAAGAACAUAUUGUCAAAUUAGACCUGCUGAGAGCAUAUUUUUAUAUCUUGAUCGAGGCUAUCAAUUACGUAUACUACUUCUAAUCGUAAGUAAUUUUGUUUUCUGAAUGCAAGAGAGAUGAGAUCAUCAUAUUUGAUCCCGAUGAAAUGGUUCUGAUAAAUUGUGAAGGAUUGAUGGAUA